AUGAAGGCACAGGCAGUGCAUGCUGUCUGUGUUCGUCAGUCUUGUAACAUCUCUAAGCGGAUCUCAGGCAAAUACUCACUUGGAAGACUUGAUGAAGAUAUAAUUCUCCCUCACUCAUUUGAGAGUGAGCCCAAAGUCAUAAUUCACUGGAGGAAUCAAGAUAAUGUUUACACAUACUACAAAGACAGUGACCACUUGUAAAAGCAAAAUUCCAAAUAAUGCAAACAAUACACACUCUUCCACUGUAACAUUCACAGUGGGAAUGCCUCCCUAUCUCUCAGAAGAUUAACUCUGGAUGAAGGAACUUGUAUGUGCUGUUUGGGAACAACAGCUAGAAGCAUCCUGAAAUGCUACUACAGAUGGGAGGGACGUAUGCAUAACCUAGUGAUGACCGUUCCUUAUGUACCCUUCUUUCUCCCUCAUCACUUUUGUCACACUGUGGUGAAGUAUGAAGAGAGGGACACAAUCAGCUCCUUCAUAUGUGGCACGUUAAGUGUUUAUCUUCAUCCAGUUAUCACACAGAAAGUGGACAAUACACCUAUCUCUGCAAGCACUCUGAAAGAAAUUGAAUCUUUCGAUCCUUUAUAUAAUGGUAGAGUAAAUAUCACAGGAUCCAAUUUGUCUUAUGACUGUGCCAUUGAAAAUCCAAUGCUGAAGGAAACAUGGACUGGGAGAUGGACAAUGAAAGAUAGAUUUCCUGGGGCUGUCUGUGUAUAUGUGCUAGGAAAAUAUCAUUCCUACAAUGAAGAUAUCAUAGUCACUUGGUCCAGAGGGGAAAGUGGUAUUUCCAGCACCCUGGCUUACUUUCUGAGCUCCCCACAGAAUACAAUUAUUAAUGAACCCUGACUUUCAUGAAAUGAAUAGCUAAUAAACUAGGGAGACUUUGCUUUGAGGAAGCUUAGUCCCUCAGACAAUGAGGAAUAUUUAUGCAAUAUUUCUUCAAGCAAAUAUGCUGUGCUCACUUUCCAAACACUGCAUAUAGUUCCUUUAAGGCUAAUUACAAUUCUAGCACCAACAAAGAUGCUGGGGAAAGUUCAGGCUUCUCCAGUUGUUCCUGAGGAGCUUCAGCACUAUUAUCCCUGUGGUCACCUGUCACCUCUCACUCAAGACCAUGGCUACUUCUUAGGCCUUCUCUUCACCUCUGCAUUCCUUGUCACUGUUUCUCUAGGAAGCCGUCUUCUCAAAGUCAAGGGUGAAUCGCACCUUCCCUUUAUCUCCCAAGGAGAACACUGGACUGAGGGUAGUUUGUAG